AUGGAGCACGAUCCUUUGGCAUAGUUUCUGCAUCUCCUCAAAUAGAAGCUAGCAAUCACUGAGAAAUAAUUCUGGGAUUUGAGCAACGAUGAAGGCCAUUCUGCAGAACAAGAAAUCGCACUAGCCAAGGAAUUGAUGAUGCAAGAAAGACACAUUCAAUUGAUUGACUAAACUAUAAAGUAAUUCAGUUAAUCGAUCACUUUAGAUUGAGGAAUCAAGACAAGACUUUAAACUUUGCAUUCCCGAUGAAAUAUGCCAUGAAUCUCAUUCAAAAUCCAGACAUCAUUGAAGAAUACAAAGAGUAUAAUAUAAUUGAUGUUUCUGAAGAGUUCGAAAAGAUUGUAAUGAUUUUGUUAUUCAUAAUUUAAGAAUCUUAAUACCAUCACAGAAGAGUAGGUCAAAGGAUAUUUGAUAAUGAAAUUCGAUGAUGCAGCUAGUUAAAAGAGCGAUGCAUGGGAAGAUGAUCUAGGUGAAGUUGUUGAAGUGGAUAAUCAAGAAUUAGAAGCCCUAGAAAAAGAAGUGGAUUAAUAAGAAGAGAAGAUAAUGGAAGAAGAAGAAUAAAUGAUUAAAUAGUAGCCUGAAUUAAUAGAAUAAAUUGAAGACAAUCACAUUGAUCCAAGUUGGAAAAUCGAUGAAUCUAAAGCCUAAUUGAAAAUCCACAAUAAAGUUAUAUGCACUUUUGCUCAGAAUCCUGUUGCCAAAGACAUGAUUGCCAGUGGAUCUGAAGAUGAUUAUCUAAAACUUAUUAAACUCAGCACUCAAAAUGUAAUUUUCGAAAAGAAAUACGACGAAACUGUAGGAUUAGUCGAUUUUAGUUCUGAUGGCAAAUACGUUGCUGCUGGUAUAUUAACAGGAAAGAUAUAUAUCUAUUUAUUAAAUGAUAUGAGUGAAAAAGUACUUGAUGGAAGUCAAACGGAACCAAGUGUUUUGAAAUGGCAUCCAAAAGGGAAUGUUAUUUUGGCAGGAUUCUAAGAUUCUACUUUAUGGAUGUGGAAUGGAGUCACAGGUGAAGUAAUGAGUGUAUUUGCUGGACAUGAAGCAGAAAUUACCUGUGGGGGUUUCACUUUAGAUGGUAAACUAGUUGUGAGUGGUUCUGCUGAUCAAUCAUUUAGAGUUUGGAAACCAAAUACUUCAGAAUAAGUUGUUAAAAUAAGUGCAGUUGCACAUAAACACAACUAUCAUAAGGAUGAUGUUGUCUGUUUUGUCUAACAUCACAAGUAACCAAUCAUUGCGACUGGAAGUAGUGAUUCCACUAUUGCAUUCAUCAAUUUUGAAGAUGGAAAAGUAUUUCAAUUCUAAUACCCUCUUUUAGGUUAUUGGCAAAAGUGAUCCAUUGGGAGACAGCAUUGUUGAGUUAUGUUUCAUAGGAUCUGGUUAGUAGAUUAUUGUAGCAGGGGAUAUUUUGGGAUCCAUAUACAUCUACAAUUGGAAUUCAAUGAAAUUAAUUGAAAAGUUAUGCUUAUGCAAGGUAAUGCAUUCAAUACUAUUCUUUAGAGUUCAAUCACCAAAAUAUUAUUUUAUAAUCAACAAUUCCAUAUAUCUAGUUUAGAUGGAAAGAUUGUCACCUUUGAUGUAAGAUAAAUGCACAAUUACAGAGUACUCUAAGCUAAAUCAGGAAUCUAUGAGAUGAUAGUUGAAGAAGGAUGGAUUUUAGUUGGAUGUGAAAAUGGUUAUGUAUAUGUCUAUUGA